UAUCACGUGCGUGGCCAACAAAGUCCCAUGCGCAGUGUAGGACGCCAUCUUGGAUUGGCUACGCGUCCAUUCAACCGAUCAGUCGCCAUUCACGCCAGGCGCCAACUGGAAAGAUAAACCAUAAAACAAGUCUUUAAUCAUCAAUUUUAUUAUAGUAUGGAGGAAAAUACAGACAAGUUCGACUUGGAAUUCGACACGGAAAAGUUCAUAGAGGAAAUAAAGAAUAGACCGGCGAUAUGGGACAGUGAGUCGCCGGAAUACGCCAAUCGUGAGAUGAAGAAGAAGGCUUGGGAAGACGUCAUCAAUAUUUUUGGCGGGGAAAACUUAUCCUCCUCUCAACGGAGGAUUAUGCAAAUCACUAUGCGAAGGAAAUGGAAAGGUCUCCGAGGUUGUUUCACCAGAGAGCUCAGAAGACAAGAGAACCUGAGAGUCAGCGGCGACCCGGGGGCCAGGAAAUCUGAAUACACUCACUUCAAGCAACUGUUGUUCCUGCGAAAUGUCGUCACCACUAAAACAUCUACUUCUGAAAACGAUGAAUACUUGCAAUACGAAGUACCCAUAGCCACAACCGUCAAGAAGGAAAAUCCAAUCGAUAAAGAAUAUAACUCUGAAGAUAAUGAACCAGAAUUCCUAGAAGAGACCAGCAGCGAAUACAGUAAAAUGGACGAAGCGAACGUUGAAUUUCUUGAUAAAGACCCCCUAAGGGAUGUUAAGCGUCUUAAACUGAAGAAACCCAGGAUUGACGCCAAGACGGAAGAUGAGGAUUUGCUGUUCCUUCUGUCGAUGUUGAAAACUUUGCAGCGCGUACCUUUCAGAAAGAAAAUGGCGACCAAAAUUAAGCUAAUGGCUGUGCUUGACGAGGCCACAAGAGAUCUUGAAGAUUAGAAAAUAAAGUUUAUUGUAUUAUUAGAUGAUUCUUACAGUUUUUCCGCAUGGAUUUAGGUUUCUUAAGAAUCCCGUGGAAAGAUUCUCCGGGAUAAAAAGUAGAUUCCGUCAAAUUGGUGUAGAGGAUCGACCGUGAAAAGUUAUAGACAC